AUGAAGCAUUUGUUCCUAGCAAUUACUGUGAUUAUUGCAGCGCAUUACUGCAGUUCACUAGCAGUGGAUGGUGGAGAUACCCUUUUCUUAGGGGCUUCGCUCACUGGAAAUCAGACCCUAAAUUCCAAAAAUGGCACGUUUGCAUUGGGAUUUUUCAGCCCGAAAGGAACGGAAAACUGGUAUAUUGGCAUCUGGCAUGCACCAAUCUCUCAAAACGUCAUUCUUUGGGUGGCUAACAGAGAAAAUCCUGUCAGAAACAAGCCUGGCAUUCUAAAAUUUUCGAGAGACGGUCAUCUCAGAUUGUUUGAUAAGAAGGGCCUGUCUGUUUGGUCGACUGAUAGCGACCAGAAAGGAUCAAGAGCUGUGUUAACGGAGUCUGGCAAUUUUAUUAUGCUGGAAACCCACAAUGAGUCUGCGAUUGUUUGGGAGAGUUUCGCGCAUCCGACAGAUACAUGGUUGCCUGGCAUGAAAAUGUGGAAAGGCAUGAAGCUGACUUCCUGGAAGAGUUCUUCGGAUCCUGCAACUGGGCUCUUCUCUUUCGGUAUGGAUAUGUCUCCAGGAAAGACACAGAUGAUGCUGUUCUAUAACAACACGGUUCCGUACCUGUCCAGUGGAGAAUGGAAUGGAGCUUAUUUUGUUAACGAACCCCAAUUGGUAGGUUCUAACAAACUGCAAGCGUCUUGUGUGAAUCUUUCUCCUUCAAGAAUAUACGUUAAUUAUGUUGUAAACCAGAUAGAUCAUAUUCUGACGGGGCGGUUCCUGGUAAGUGAGAAUGGCAGAUAUCAACUUUAG